CCUUCUUCUUCUUCUUCCCUUCUUCCUAUUUCCCAUACAAAACACAAACAUUAUAAAGCCCAUCCCCUCUUUUCCCAAAAAUCAAAACAACCAAAAAAACAAUAGAAAACACAAGGAACAUAUCACCAGCAUGAGAGCCAGCAACCACUUAAUCGGCCUUCUAAACUUCAUAACCUUCCUCCUUUCCCUCCCCAUCAUCGGCGGCGGCGUAUGGCUGAGCAGCCGCGCCAACACCACCGAUUGUCUCAAAUUCCUCCAAUGGCCCCUCAUCAGCAUCGGUGUUGCCAUCAUGAUCGUCUCUCUCGCUGGUUUCGGUGGCGCAUGCUACCGCAACACCUUCCUCAUGUGGUUCUACCUCUUUGUCAUGUUCUUCGUCAUUGGCGCCCUCGUAGGCUUCAUCAUUUUUGCUUACGCCGUCACCGAGAAAGGCUCCGGUCGCCCUCUCCCUAACCGUAACUACUUUGACUAUUAUUUGCAAGACUAUUCCGGUUGGCUUAGGGACCGGGUGGCGGAUGAUACUUACUGGGGUAAGAUUAGUUCAUGUGUUAGAGACUCGCAAGCUUGCCGGAAAAUUGGUAGAACCAUCUCCGGCGUGCCGGAGACCGUUGAUAUGUUUUACCGUAGACAUCUCACUCCUGUUGAGUCUGGUUGCUGCAAGCCUCCUACAGUUUGUGGGUAUGUAUAUGUGAAUGAGACAAUGUGGGAUUUUGGAGGAGGACUUGUUGGGGGUGAACCUGAUUGUGGAAGAUGGAGCAAUGACCAACGCCAACUUUGCUAUGCUUGUGACUCUUGCAAGGCUGCUGUUCUUGCCAGUCUCAAGAAAAGUUGGCGUAAGGUUUCCGUCAUUAACAUCAUCGCCUUGAUUAUUCUCGUUAUCUCUUAUGUUAUCGGUUAUGCAGCCUUUCGAAACAAUCGUCGUAUCGACAAUGAUGAACCUGCCAGCACUGCUCGCAUGACCAAAUCCAAACCCAGUUGGUUUAACAUUUGAUCCAACCAAUUUUAUAAAACUCCUCAUCAAAAUAAAAUAAAUGCAUAUUGUACUUUCGUGAUAUGGGACUUAAUCAGUGUAUGUACUCUUUCAUUUGUUUGGAAUUCAAUGUGUAUAGAUACGAAACUAUAUAUAUUAUAUAUCAUAUUAUUUCUAGACGAUGGAAUUUUGUGAUUCUAA